UGGGUGCCUCCUCUAUCCUCGGCCGGAGACCGGAGGGAUGUUCCCUGCUCAGGAGGAGGCCGACAGGACGGUGUUUGUGGGGAAUUUAGAGGCCCGAGUACGGGAAGAGAUUCUUUACGAGCUGUUCCUUCAGGCUGGGCCAUUAACCAAAGUGACUAUAUGCAAAGACAGAGAAGGAAAGCCGAAGUCUUUUGGAUUUGUCUGCUUUAAACACCCUGAAUCAGUGUCUUAUGCCAUAGCUUUGCUGAAUGGAAUUCGUUUAUAUGGAAGACCAAUUAAUGUACAGUAUCGAUUUGGGAGCUCUCGCUCUUCUGAACCAGCCAACCAAAGUUUCGAGAGCUGUGUUAAGAUAAAUUCACACAGCUACAGAAAUGAAGAAGUUGUGGGCAGAUCUUCCUUUCCCAUGCAGUUUUUUCCAAUUAAUGGUGCAACUUUACCUCAAGAAUAUUUUUUCUUUCAGAAAAUGGUGCUGAUAGGCAGUUUCCUUCCUGGCUUGAAGCUCUCCCAAAGGGGCGUUUAUGGCAGCCUAACUCUCAUCUGACAGGGUUAAGGAUCAGUAUUCUCUCGAACAUGAGCCCCUUCAGGAGAAAGUUUAUGGCUCUACUUAAGGCCAUAAUGGGAAGUUAGAUAAAGUUUCUUUCUGAGGAUGCUAUUUGUUCAGAUGUUUUCAGUUUAAAGUUAUCCUCAAACCACUCUGAUGGGUUGUUGGUCCCUUUAAUAGCAAAUAUACUUGCUUGUUUAUAUUUAUAUAAGGAACAUGAUACUACAUUUUUAAAGAACAUCUUAAAUAGGGAAAAUUCAGUAAUAUUUAAACUGUAUUUCUUAUGAGCUAAGACAGUUUCAUUCAACUAACAUGCCUCUGUAUGUAUAUCCAUAUAUCAUACUAUUUUUUAUUGUUCAAAUGCUUGUACAAUACUUAGGUCUGGAAAAUUGGCAUGUUUCUUUAACCAGACAUUCUUAUAUUAGUGACUAUAUUGCUUUAAAAUGUAAUUAAAAUAUCCUGAGCUUAAAACCUCAUUCCUAGGUAGUGGCAUAGCUCAGGGCCAUGUCACAGGAUCUUGGAAGGCAAAUGAGACCAGCCGUUUGGCCCAAUUUCUUUCCUUAGAAUAUGUGCACACAGGAAAAAUCUGAUCAAAAUAAAUGUCAUUGUUAGAAAAUAAGAAGAUGAACUCCAGAACGUUAGCCCAUGGGUUAUGUGUGAAAAUGGGAGUGAGGUGGUUACAAGUCAUUUCUUUGAUGAAAAUCUCAGGUUUGCCUUUCUCAUAAACUAGUAAUCUCUACCUUCUACCUACGGGUUAUCCAGCUGCCCACACAGCAGUUACUUCCCUCCUCCCCCUGCCAUCCAAAUAGGACAAAGACAAUUAUUCUCACCCACUGCCCACAGAAGCAAUUGGGAACUUUAUGAAAAGAAUUUUUCAGAAUUCCAUCAUGUACUUUUCCGAAGAACACUGCAGAUACACUCACUGAACUGCUUCAAAGAACUAAAUUUUCAGGCAAUAUUAAAAAAAAAAAAUAAGAACAUUAAUCAAACGUUCUUUGUUUACUGCUUAAGUAUUCAUUACUGGAUUUGGGGAGUAGGAAUGAAUGAAUGAAUGAAUGAAUGAAUGAAUGAAUGAACAAACGAACGAGGAGCUGAAACUGUACAAGGUUAAUAAUCAUAAUAACUACUAUUUAUUCAGGCCACUGAAUGCCAGACAUUAGUCCUGAGAAAAAUACCCUAUAAAUGAAGAAGCUGAGGCUCAUUUGCCCAAAAACACACAUCUUUUUUCAGCAGAGAAAAGGCUAGAAUAUAAGUCUUGUGAGGUCUGUUCCAGUGCUCUAAAUAUGUUACUAUACUGUUGGUACUAAAAAUUUAUUUACAGGAUCUAUAAUAACUGGUCAGUACUUUUGAGAAAAAUUUGUAAGCAGAUAUCAUAAUUACCUCAUGCUAGAUUGAAUGUCAUUGUCACAUCUCCUUCAUAGAAAUUGGGGCCCAAUGGUCAGUGGGACUAAAAAUGAGGCUCUCUAUCAAGAUUCUGCCCUAACUGAGGAUAAAUUUCAAAUCUAUUAAAGUUACUUCGGGUAAACUAAAUGGAAGCUUCCCAACAAUAUUCUGAGCAAGAGAACCAUUUUAUGGCAAAACUGCUUUUUUAUUCUUCGAUACCCUAAUCAUCCGAUUUCAGUUUUAUUUCUCCAGAUUUCAAUUAUUUUUUCUCCAGAUAACAUGUACCAUUUAGGAAAUAUAAACAUGAGACAUGUAUUAAGUACAGGUCACACACGAUAUUACAGUAGUUUCAGGUGUACAACACAGUGAUUCAAUAAGUCUAUAUAUACCUUAUGCUGUGCUCACCACAAGUGUUGCUACCAUCUGUACGUACAAUGCUAUUACAAUACCACUGACUAUACU